UCUCUCGUCUUCCUCCCCACGCCACGCCACCGAGGAGUAGCCACUCGCCGCCGCGCGCGCGCUCUCGCCACGCCGCGCUCUCGCCUCGCCACCGCGCGUGCAUCGAUCGCUCGCGGCGCUCGCCAUGGCGUGGAGACGUGGGACGUCGCGCGGGUAUCGGGUGGGGAUGGAGGUUUUCGACGACGUGGUGUUCGCGCGGCUGCGGAGCCAUGUGUACGGCUCGUACCUCCACGCCGACGAGGACGGGAGGUCCGUCUACCACGGCAGCCUCCGCGGCGGCGCCUCGCAGCACAACGCGGUGUGGGCCGUGGAGGAGUUGCUCGUACCUGCUCUUCCGUGGAGGAGUUCCGCGGAGGAGGAGGAGGCCGCCACGCGGUACCUGCUCCUCCGCAGCGCCUACGGCCGGUACCUCGGCGCCACCGACGCGGCCCCCGGCGAGGCCGCCCGCAACGCCACCGCCCGCGCCGCCGCCGCCAGCUCUGACGUCCGCCAACCACACGACCGCGAGGGUUGCUGCGGCUGCUGCUGCUGCUGCUGCCGACUCCCCUUCGGCUUGGUCGAGGCCACGCAGCGCGACCGCGAUGAGGAGGAGCCGGAGGUCGACGCCAUCAUGUGGCUGGCAACCAGGUGCGGCGACCAAGACGUACAAGAGGAUCGCGACGCCCGCGGCGUCGUCCUUCUGCGCGACAGGUCCGGGCGCUACCUGCGCUGCAACAAGAGUAUCCUGGCUUGCCGCCGCAGCAUCUCAGUCGACGCCAACUUCGAGGACGAAGAUACGUUGCUGUGGGAGGUGGUGCGCGUCCCCCCGAGUGAAGACAUGCCGGAGCUCCCGAUCGCCACUCAGCCCGGGUUCUUCGUCAGGGUGUGCUUCCCCCAGCCGCUGCGGGAGAUCCAGUUCGUGGACGAAGCCGACCUCGACAACAUCAGCGAGGGAGAAAACUGGGCUACGGUUCAGAUCAGAGGGAGGUCGGUGAGGCUCCUGAGAGAGAAGAUCGCGGAGCUUGUGGGCUACGACGACUUCACGAUGUGCGUCAGCGCCGGCCGCCAUGGGCAGUUCACCCCUCUGCUCAUCGACCUGCCUCGCCGCCGGGAGACCCUGCAGAUCGUCCUUGUCAGGCCCAACACCGAAUCGUAUGAUCAGUUGAUAUUCCCGAAUCCGAAUGCAUUGCCGUCAGCCGAGGCCACAGAUGAAGACGAUCCCACGAUUGAGUGAAUCCUUUUGUGCUCAAGUUCUGACAGGCUCAGGGAACUCGACAGAAGAUUAGUGUGUUGGUAUAGAGUGGAAUUUUCAGUUCAGCCGAUGCUGGAAUGCAGUUUUACGUUCUCUCAGCUGUAGAAUGGCUGAAAAACCUCAAAUUGUCUGUGUGUUCAGUGGGUGUUUUUCGACGGUUUACGUACUUUGAAACCGGUAAAACAGGGCUUUCUGACGAAAAUAUUGGUUUUGGUGACAGUUAGUAUUCAUGCCUAGUAUUGAUUGAUGACAAGAAUGUGCUUAAUCCUGCAAUAUAUUGCUAUUCAUGCUAGACUUGGUUACAAAUA